GAUUCACACAGGAAACCUUUGUCAUUACUGUAUGUUUCUACCUGUCAACAUGACUCUACUCAAACUGAUCAUAUUUAUCUGGACUUUUUAUGGACUUAUAGUUGAUUUAGAAGCUAUCAAAUGCCCAAAAGGUCAAGGUCGAAUGAGAGGUCAAGGUAAAAUAAAAGAUAAGUGUGAAGUCUGUGCUAAAGGAUAUUUCCAGUCUAAGGACAACCAUGAUGGACACUGCGACCCAUGUAGGAAGUGUAAUGAAGCGACAGGCAGCAUGGUUGUACAGAACUGCACGACUGAGACCAAUACAAAAUGCCAGUGUCCAGAAGGAUCUGAAAAAAAGGAGAAAGAUUCAGUCACUUGUAAAUGUCACAUAGGCCAUGGACUAAAUAAUGGAGAAUGUGUAAAAUGCAAAGAUGGAUAUUUCAGUGACGAACCUAACUCACCCUGUCGAAAGUGGAGCGAAUGUCCUUCAGGUGUGAAGGAAAAUGGCACCACUACUAAAAAUGUCAUCUGUAGGUACCCUGAAACCACUGCAGACCCCACAUCAAACAGUGCGCCCUCUUUCACUACACUUUCAGCAUCCACCCCUCAGCUUACUAAAACAACCGCAGCUCCUCUGGAACCUACAGUGACCACUAAGGACAAAGAUCUGACUUCAAACUCUUCCUACACAGGCAACCAUAUCGGUAUGGUCCUUAUCAUACUUGGAAUUAUUGGACUGCUGAUAUUAACGGCUUUGACCUGCAAGCUGCGUAUUAGUACUUGUAUGCAGAGAAAAACCAAAACAAGGGACUCUUUGUGUCGGAAGCCAGUUGAGGAAAGUGGAGAGGAAAGUGGAGACAGCAGUUUGACCUCGCUCAAACAGAAUCCAGAAGAACCGUGAGCUGAAACUGUACCCGACAUCAAACUAUUGGCAGAUACUGUGAAUUUGUUUUUUCCAUCAAGACAAUAAUCUGAGUGUAAUCACAUAUUAGUUUUAUGCUGUUUGUUUUACAUCAGACCAUAUAUCACAACUCUUUACUAUAAUUGUAUUUUAAGUGUAUUUACAACCCAUGCAGUAUAGUCAAUAUUUGACAUGUGUUUGUUCUGUUGUUAAAGAAUUAUCAGAAAAAACAGUUUAUAUUUUGCCUUACUUAUGUAAUUCAAUUAUGAAGGAAUUAAGUCAGUAUUAUGACUGUAUAUAAGUCUGUAUUAUUCAUCAGUCAAGCCAGUGUACAGUGGUAAAAGAUGCUUUCACCAUACAGGUUAUGUAGUACAGUAUUUAGAUAAUAGUUCAUUAGGUUAAUUUGUCAUGAAAAAAUAACAUCUUUUGUAUUGUUCUUAUUUAUGCCAGUUUAGAAGUGUAAUUGUUACUCUUGUUAAAACACACACACACACACA